AUGGUAUCAAAAAGAAAAGUAACAUCAAAGAAGUCAAACAACAAUAAUAACAAUAGUAAUAAUAAUAAUAGUGGAUCACAAACCAAAUCUUCACAGUCAAGAAGAAGAUCUCAAUCAUUAUUCAUAAAUGUAAAGACUUUGGUUACAGAAUGGGUUGAUCGAUAUAAUGAGGAUCCAGAGAAUGCAACGUUUGAGGUGAUCAAUCUAAUUGUAGAGUGUGGUGGAGCUGAUGCAAUGACUGUCAAAGAUUUUCAGAGUGAUCUCGAGGAUGGAUCAAAAGAGGUGUGCGAAACAGACGAUACCAAAGCAUUCCCACUGUCUAGCAAGCGAUCAAAGUCGUUGAUCAACAACUAUCAGUAUCCUUCGACCAUGUUGACAUCGGCGUAUCUCAGUCAGAUUGGUUGGGGACUGAAUGACUGGGUGGCAGAGGUGCGACAGAGUGCAGUGAAAGGUGUGAUACAACUCUACUCAAACGAGAACUUGAUCACACAAUACGAUGAUUUCACAGAGAAAUUCAGAUUUAGAAUCGUAGAUAUUGCUGCCGGUGAUAAAGUCGACAAGAUUGCAAUCGAUGCAAUCGAGCUUGUCUCUAUCAUGUGCCAACACUCACUCAUUGAACAAGUGUUACUAGAUAAAGUUUUGGCCAACUACAUGGUGGACAACGAGGCAAUUGUCAAAGCAACAGGAAAGCUACUCUAUCAAAUACUCUUGGAUCCUUUGGAAUCAAAGUUAAAUGCAUUACCAAAAGCAGAGAGAAGAAGUGCAAAGAAUGAUAUUAGAGAACAACAAUUAAUGAAACUAUUGGAAUUCCUAGAGGAGAAAUCAAAGGCAACCAAUGUUCCAUAUUAUUUAGUGUUUGCAUUGUGGGAGAAAGGACAAGCAAUCUUUACUGAUUGGUCAUUCUUUGUCAAGUUUUUAUCAGAGUUGGAAGAGAAAAAACUAUCAGAGAAUCAAUUGUUGAUAAUACUCAGAAUGAUCAGUGCAUCUGUAAAGAUAUUCUCUGGAGACAAACCACCUAUUUUCAGUUCCGAAAGACAACAGCUAUUCAAUGAAGAUCCAUACCAACAAAAUGAAUAUACAAAAGAUUCAGAUGUUACUACCAACUUUAUCUCCAUUAUACCAGCAUUACUAUCUCAACACAAAGCUAAUUUUGAAAUCUCUAUUUGCUUGGUGGAGAUCUGUAAAUACUUUAAUCUUGAAACCUAUAUUACACUCCGUUUGCAAACCAAGUAUUCCGAACUACUCAAUCUGCUUAGUAUGAUUCUUUUGGAGAAUCCAAAUGAAAAGUUGGUGGAAACCAUUGCCGAUACUCUUCAUGAUUUGUCACAAGGACUGCCAUCGCAACUGGAAGCACCAUUCAAUUUGACGAUAAUGGAGAUUUUCAACCAACUUGGUGACUCACUUCGUACAAUCUCAGCUCCCUCCGAAAGUUCAGGUACCGACGCAGAGGCAUCCGGUGGUGACCAAGCCAACCAACUAUUCAAUGCCUUUACACUAUUGCAAAAGAUUCAUUUUAGUCCAAAAGAGCUAGCAAACUUCUUAAACAUUUUUUUAGAGAAAACUAUAUUAAAUAUUUAUUCAUUAAAUGUACCUUUAUCAAGAAAAUUAUUAGAGUUGAAUUUAAGAAUACUUUUGGAAAAUGAAAAUGAUAUUGUAAUGGAGGAUAUAAAGAAUCAAUUGGAACAACAGGAGGAAGAAGAAGAGGAAAAGCCAAAGAAAUCAAAGAAAUCAAAGAGAGGUAGAAAGAAGAAAGUUGCCACAUCUGAUGAGAGUGGCAAUGAAGAUGAAGACGAAGAGGACGAAGAAGAGGAGGAAGAUGAAGAGACAGGAAAGUCCAAGCGAUCCGAAUCAGAAACCGAGAAAUCAGAAAGUGAACAGCAAUCCAAAAAGACUAGCUUUGAUAUUUCUAAUGACACUACCACCAUCGACCAAGACACUCAAAACAGAAUUGAGCAACUCAUUAUAUCGUCGCUACAAGCCAUACAUUGUAAUAUCAUUGGAUCAGCAAAUGUAGGUGCUGUCAUCAAGCAAGUAGCUCUUUCACCUGGUGCUAGAUCGAUUGCAACCGUCAAACAAGAACUCUAUCAAGUUUGUCUCAGCACUGACGAUGAAGAGUUACGAGAGAAUUUGUUCUCAAGACUUAAAGAGUUAUUAAAUUGGUUGUCAGCUGAAUUUAUCAAAAAAGAUUCACUUGGUUUAGUUUUCGAAAGUGGAAUUGAAUAUUUCUUUGGAAAAGAUAAAGAAAAUCCAGAAAACCCAGAGUUUUUGAGAUGUAUCAGUUAUCUAAUUCCAAAAUUAACUCAUGAACAAGCUGUUGAAAUAAUUAAAAACAAACCAGAGUACAAUGAAGAAGAUCCGCUAUUUGAAUCACUCAAUAAUGUUUAUUCUAUGGUCGAGAUGAUUGCAAACAAAUCAGUCAAGAACAAAUUUAAAAAGGUGACUAGAGGUAAAAAGCAAGAUUUAAUGGAUGAGAGUGAUCAAAUAAGUGAAGACAUUGAAGAUAUCAGUCAAGAUGAAGAAGAACCAAGUGAGGCUAAUGAAGAGAUUGAUGAUGAAUUUGAACCGUCACAAGAAGUCAAAACAACACCCAAAAAGAGAACAAAGACAAUAAUUUAA